CGCCGUCACCGCUGCUGCGGCUGCCGCCGCCACCGCCGCCGCGACGCGGCUUGAGGGCGGAAGGCUGGGGGAGGGUAGCGGAGCCGGCGCCGCCGCCAUGUUGGGUCUGAGGCGGCUGCUGUAGGCACUGACGGAGCAAGCGGGCGUGCGGAGCCGGGGCCGUGGCGUGGGUUCUGCCUGUCUGCGAGCAGCCCAGAGCGGCGGCGCCGGCGCCAUGAGUGGGGGCACCCCUUAUAUCGGCAGCAAGAUCAGCCUUAUCUCCAAGGCGGAGAUCCGCUACGAGGGCAUCCUCUACACCAUCGACACGGAGAACUCCACUGUAGCCCUCGCCAAAGUGCGGUCCUUUGGUACAGAAGAUAGACCAACAGAUCGUCCAAUACCACCUCGAGAUGAAGUCUUUGAAUAUAUUAUUUUCCGUGGAAGUGAUAUUAAAGACCUCACUGUUUGUGAACCACCAAAACCACAAUGUUCCUUGCCUCAAGACCCAGCUAUUGUUCAGUCUUCACUAGGCUCGUCUACUUCGUCAUUCCAGUCAGUGGGUUCCUAUGGACCUUUUGGCAGGAUGUCAACUUACAGUCAGUUCAGUCCAAGUUCAUUAGUUGGGCAGCAGUUUGGUGCUGUUGGUGUUGCUGGAAGCUCCUUGACAUCCUUUGGAACAGAAACAUCAAACAGCGGUACCUUAUCCCAAAGUAGUGCAGUUGGUUCAGCCUUUACACAGGACACAAGAUCUGUAAAAACACAGUUAUCUCAAGGUCGUUCAAGUCCUCAGUUAGAUCCUUUGAGAAAAAGCCCUACCAUGGAACAAGCAGUACAGACCGCCUCGGCCCACUUACCUGCUCCGGCACCUGUUGGGAGAAGGAGCCCUGUAUCAACCAGGCCUUUACCAUCUACCAGCCAAAAAGCAAUAGAGAAUCAAGAGCACAGGCGAGUUGAAGUACACAAAGUUUCAAGACCAGAAAAUGAGCAACUCAGAAAUGAUAACAAGAGACAAAUAGUUCCAGGUGCUCCUUCAGCUCCAAGGAGAGGGCGUGGGGGUCAUCGAGGUGGCAGGGGAAGAUUUGGUAUUCGGCGAGAUGGUCCUAUGAAAUUUGAAAAAGACUUUGACUUUGAAAGUGCAAAUGCACAAUUUAACAAGGAAGAAAUUGACAGAGAGUUUCAUAAUAAACUUAAAUUGAAAGUAGAAGAUAAACUUGAGAAACAAGAGAAGCCUGUAAAUGGUGAAGAUAAAGGAGACUCAGGAGUUGAUACUCAAAACAGUGAAGGAAAUGCAGAUGAAGAAGAUCCACUCGGACCUAACUGCUAUUAUGACAAAACUAAAUCCUUCUUUGAUAAUAUUUCUUGUGAUGAUAAUAGAGAACGAAGACCAACCUGGGCUGAAGAAAGAAGAUUAAAUGCUGAAACAUUUGGAAUCCCACUUCGUCCAAACCGUGGCCGUGGGGGCUACAGAGGCAGAGGAGGUCUUGGUUUCCGUGGUAGCAGAGGGCGUGGUGGUGGCAGAGGUGGUAUCUUUACCACCCCUCGAGGUUUUCGUGGUGGAUUCAGAGGAGGUCGUGGAGGCAGGGAGUUUGCAGAUUUUGAAUAUAGGAAAGACAACAAAGUUGCUGCGUAGUCUACAAACAAGUCUUUGAAAAUAGGUGAAUUUCUAGUUCUUCAUGGUCCUGAGAAUUGGUUUCAGUCUUUACCAAGAAUGAAGAAGUGAAUUCGCUGUAUAUUUGUCACCAGCACUGGGUUUUUUUGUUUGUUUCUUUGUUUUUCUGCUUAAUUUCAAAGAUAUAAUAACAGUUAUAUUGGGCAAGGGGGGGCAGCUCAUCUUUAAAAAUGAGCAUUAAAUAUAUUUGAAAUAGCAGAAUGUUAAGUAAUUUCUUAUGUAUAGUUAAACUAAAGCAGUACUUGGACUUAUAAAGUAUUUUUUCAUCAUUGAAAGGAUUUUUCUUAUCAUUAAAUUGUAUUUGGCAAUUAUUGCAACUUGCCUGCAGAUAGGGCCGUGAUACUGUGUUUUGAGCCACAGAAGGGUGUGUGUGUGUGUGUGUGUGUCUGUGUGUCUUUUUCCCUUCCUUUUUUUUUUUUUUUUUUUUUUUUUUUUUCGGAAACCCUGUAACAUCCUUUCUGAGGUAGCUUAUUUCGUCAAUUAAUUAGGUUGCUGGGUGGUAGAGAAUUUUGUCAGUCAAUGUACACACAGUAAAUACUGUUUCUUAGGCAAAGGUAACUUUUUUAUAUAGUUGUAAAAUUCCAUUAUAUUCCAUUGCCAAAGAAACAUUUAAGAACUUUGUAUAGCUGUAUAAAAAGCAACUAAUUUUUUAAAGAAUAAACAUUUUAAAGUCAGCAAA